ACUAAUUAUGCAUCAUCCUAAGUUGUCUCUUGAUUUUGUUUUAACUCCUGCGUGACAUAGCGGGGAGGGCCCUCGCUCACGCAGGGGCCGAUGCGCUCGACAGGUGGCACCGUUGCCGGGGAUGACGACAAAUUACCGUUGUUCCUGGUGGAACGACACUUGGGAAAAAAGAAGGUUAUAGCGAUUUUAAGUGUUGUGUGUUGUUUGUUGGGAUUGAAAGUAGUUAAUUGGUUAUCAAUGUUUGGAGGAAGAAAAAAAAACAAGGUUUGGAGUGAAUUAUUGGAGUCUGUUUGACAUUUGGACAUGUGGGUUCGUUGUGUUGAUUCACUCAAGAUGACGGGAGGAAGUGCUGAUCCCGCAAAUAGUAAUGCAGGGGAUCGACGCAAUGACAUUCUGGAACUCGCACGAGCCAUUCGGGAAGCCGAUAAUCAGAAGGCGCAACUGCCGAAGGUUCAAGUUCCCCUCUUCAAUGACACCAAUGCCUCAGAAUGGGCGGACAAGUUUGAACAAUUGGGCAGUUGCUACGAAUGGUCAAGCGAGAAGAUGCUUCAAAUGGUGAAGCGAUAUUGUAUGGUCGAGUACAAAGAAGAGGUGUCGGAGUUGGUGCAAGCCUCGCGCGACUGGCCGGACUUCAAAGCUAAGUUUUUGGACAAGUACCAACUGGAGGAUCAACUGCUCGACCUGACGGACUUACGGAAAGUCAAUCGUCGGAAGUUUGGUACGGCUAAGCAGUUUCUCACGGAAUUUGAAUGGGUUGCGCGCUUAGUGCCUGACCUUCCAGAUAAGGACCGGUGCCUCAUCUUCCUCGAAAACUUUUCAGAAGUUGAGCAGCGGGAACUGAUGAAGGAUAUGACCGGACGAUACGACUGGCCAACGAUCAAGGAGAAUUUGUUGGCUGGAAGCUUCGACCAGAUGCUUUACCGUCUCCUGAAGCAGCAAAAGGAGGACCGCGAGAAGGAAGGGGUAAGCGUGGACAAGGAUCAAGCCGUUUACAUGACCCUGACUGACAUGCGGAACAUGAUGGAUGACAUGAAGGAGGAAAGGUUAAAGCUACAAGUGAUGAUGGUCCAGACAAAAGGAGAAAAAGGAAAAGGAAAACUCCCGUUUUGGAGGAAGUGAUUAGUAGCAGCAGUGAAGAGGAAGACGAGGAGGAAGUGGAGCCCCCUCGAAAAUUAACUAAAGCGGAACGGAAGACCCUAAAUCAGAUACGAGGAGGGCAAGACACUAGUAAAAAGCAGCGGAAGAA